AUGGGUAUAACUCUAAGUUGGCUGGUUAUCAUUUUCUUCUUACCGGAUAAAGUUAAAGUAUUUUAUUGUGGACUGAUCGGAAUAGUUGGUCGUUAUUGUCAAGAAUAUCAACCACAACGUUUUAUUCGAUAUAUAGCUAGUGCAUUGAGCUUCUGCUUAUUACUUUAUUUAAAUAUUACACUGUGGGAAUUAAUUGGCUUAGGAUUAUUAGCAAUAACUAUGAAUCUCACGGUUAAUGAAUUUAAAGUAUUCUACAAAUCAAAGAUCUAA